CAGUAAUUGAGGCAGCAGUGAACACAGUUAAGGCCGUCUUUGACAAAGCUAAAAACAUACUGAAUAACAAAAAGCACAAGGAAAGUGAGGAGAAAUAAUCUCUUCUUGAACACUGUUGAAACACAUGGGCUUCAUUUUGACUUUUAUUAUGGCUUCUAGUCUUUUACAGCUUUAGAUAUUUUAGAAAUCUAAAGCAUCUCAUCUAAGGCAAAAAUCUAUUUAAAAUGCACAGCAAAAAGAUGACAGCAGAGGGUGCCAAGUUGCAAGAAUACAAAACCACAGUAUGAGACUGCUGGUUCUGCCAAAUGACAGGUCAAGCCUACAUUUUAAAAAACUAACAGGAACCAGACUAAAUGUCAGACUGAACUACUGAGGAGUAACACAUCUUCUGGCCAAAUUUAAGUAUUUCACUUAACAUACAGUGGCUCAGAAUUGUUGUUGCCACAAAUUAAACAUGGUGCAGCCCACAUGUGAAGAUCAAGAAGAAUGAGAUAUGAGAGAUAGCAAAUCUUUUCUCUGGCAUAAAAACCCGUUGCUGGUUGUAGUAUGUUGAGGCAGUGCCUUUAAAGACAGAAAUAGAAACAGAAAGCAGAAUAGAAGCGGAGCUCAUUUUUAACAUCAUGGAAGGGUCGGACUUGAGGAUCGUGCUACUGGGAAAAACUGGAGCUGGGAAAAGCAGUUUGUGCAACACCAUAUUUAAAGAAGAUUUGUUCCAGAUAAGCCACACUGCAAACUCUGAAACAACAAAAUGUCAGAAAGAAACCAAAUCUGUUAAAAAAAGAAGAAUCACUUUGAUCGACACUCCUGGUUUCUUUGACCCAGACAGAUCUGAGGAGGAGCUGAAGUCUGAGAUAGUGAGCUGUAUCACAGAGUGCGCUCCUGGGCCUCAUGUUUUUCUCAUUGUGCUCAAAGUGGAGAAAUUCUCAGAGCAAGAAAACCAGGUUAUCGAUAAGAUAAAAGACUGUUUUACUGAGGAAGCUUUCAAACAUGCUGUAGUUGUCUUCACUCAUGGUGAACAGCUUCCUGAAGGAAUGAAGAUUGAGGAGUUUGUCAGUCAGAAUAGGAAUCUGAGUGAUCUGGUGCAGAAGUGCGGCGGUCGCUGCCACGUGGUUGAUAAUAAAUACUGGAAGAACAAAUGGUUGAACAAAUACAGGAACAACAAGCACCAGGUGACACAGCUACUCAACACAAUAAAAGCGAUGGUGGACAAAGGAGAAUACUACACCAAUGAAAUGAUACAAGUGGUGGAGAGAGAAAUACAACAAGCGGAGGAGGAGAUCAGACAGUCAUCACCAGACAUGUCAAAGAAAGAAAUCAGAGAGAAGGCAAAGAGAAUUGUCUCAAAUCUUCUCAAGAAAAUAGUUGGUGUUACCACAGGAGCGCUGUUAGGGGCUUUGCUUGGUGUGCCAGUGAUGGUUUUUGCUGUUGUUAAAGCCCUGAUGGAGAUGAAAACAAAGGCAAUACCAGUGGAGGCAGUGGUGGCAGUAGCAGUAGCUGGAGUUCCAGCAGUUGGAUUUGGAUUAGGUGCAUGUGCAGGAGUCGCUACAGCAGCAGGAGCAGUAGCAGGAGGUUAUAUUGGAUAUAAUGAAGCUGAUCAAGCAGACGGAGUAAGGGAGGCAGCAGAGAACACAGCUAAUGCUGUCAUUGACAAAGCUAAAAACAUGCUGAAAAACAAAAGGCACAAGCAAAGUGAAGAGGCAUCACCUCUUCUUUAACUCUGUUGAAGAAAAUGGGCUUAUUCUGGUCUUUUAUUAUGUCUAUGCGCCUAAAAGACUUUUGGGGAUCCUACUUGAGAAAGUCUUUUACAGCUUUAGAAACUGUUGUUGAUAUUUUAGAAAUCUCUCAUAGUGCUCAUCUACAGCAAAAAUCUAUUUAAACUGCACAGCAAAAAGAUGACAGCAGAGGGCGCCAAAUGUAAAUGUAGAAUUCUAAGAUCUACUAAAUAGACUGAGUGACAUAUGCAUCUUGGAUCAAAAGGAGGUGAAGAGGAGAAACAAAACAAUUGUAAACAAAACAUGCACCAAUAAUGAGGAAACAAACAUUCUCACACACAGGUCAUGUCCUUGCUUUUUUGAAACCAUGGACAGAAAGUUCCUUUUAAUUCCCUUAUUGUAUCUGUCAGCAGAAGACAGAAAGCGAAAUGAAACUUCUGGCCCAGCACAUGCCAGGGUCAUUGGUCCGAGUCUGGCCCAUAUUCUUCCACAUAUAGGCAGAUUACAGCUGUCAUCAUUGUCCAGUGUUGACUGACAGCUGAAAGAUUUUCUGUGUGAUCGCCAGAAUUGGUCCAGAUGUGGAAGUAGCAUCUGACAAUCACACUACAUGUGGGCCAGACUUUAAACAGGGAUGCAAAUGCAGAUACUUUGAUUAAGAGAAUUGCUUUAUGGAAUCCACUAUCUCCCUGUCUGUCACAAAGUCCACUACAAUAAAGAUUUUGAAAGCUUUUACUGUUCUCUCUUUUUAAAAGAAGUGAUAUAACGUGCUUGG